CUACAAGUGCAACAUCCCUGGAGCUGGAGAAUCACCAGAGAGUCGGCUGGCUGUCAUAGGUACUGAUGUGAUCAUGGAGAUUCCUGCUCUUCCUGUGACUGAGAGAGAAGCUGUGACUCUGCGCUGUCGAACAAAGGAAGCUCCCUCUGACCUCCCAGCUGAUUUCUAUAAAGAUGGUCUUAUCAUCAGGAGCAGCUCUACAGGAGAAAUGACCAUCCAGAGUGUUUCCAAGUCUGAUGAAGGACUCUACCAGUGCAGUAUCUCUGGCGCUGGAGAAUCAGCAGAGAUGAGGCUGACUGUCAGAAAAGAGAAGUAUGAUGGCGCAGUGACACAAAGUGAGGACUCAAACACACAACGUGCAGACAGAACAGCAUCUGACAAAGAGAUGGUUUCCCACCAUAUCUACAUCCUACUUUGGACCGUUGUUGCUGUCGUAUUGUUCCUGCAGCUGUUGGUGAUUGGACUACUUUACUGGAAGAAACAGCUUGUCUUAUUGGAGGUAAUGUUGAGUGAUCCAAACAAGGACCUGUACGCCGUCGUCAAAAAAGACAAGAAGAAAAAGAAAGAUGCUGCUGAUAAUUUGAGCCUCCACACAAACCGAAGAAAAAAACCACAGACAGAAAAAGAUAAGGACGAACCUUUGCCUCUGUCUUUUCACUCCACUUUUACCAGCGAUGAUACAUUGCCAGGUCUCCAAAAUGAACCAGGAGUAUUCAGCUUCACAUUGACAGCAGCGUCAUCAGCAGUAACAGACCCAACUUUUACAGAUCAGGAGCCUGAAUAUGAUUUCAUCCAGGAGACUGAGGAGAUCACAGAGGCAGAAACACCUUGCUAAAAGAGAUGGAGGCACUGCUUAUAGCAUGCUAUAUGUACAAGAAAGUUUAGAGACGUCAAAUACACUGCUUGAAUUAACUUUUUGUAUUUAGUAGUGCAAUUGGUUCUCUCUAACAACAACAUAUAUUUAGUUGAGUACGCGGUCAGUAAGGAAAACUACUUGUUCUUUGUGUUGUAAUCUCUCUGCUGGAUCAAACAUUUUGAUAUCAUUGUAUUUGUACUUUGUAUCUGUCACUAUUUGUAAAACUUAAAGCAAAGCAAACUGCAACUUGGUAACAAUAUUGUCAGUUUUUAGUAAUAAGAUCAGUAAAGAAAUGAAAAACAAAGUAUUUGAAAACUAAGCUAUGUGGAACAAUAGACUGCAUUACAAAAAGCACCUGUCACUUCAAAAAAAUGUUUGUACUUUGUCCUAUAAUGUUAUGUAUGGUUAUGUUAAUAUCUGAGGUGUGUUUUGUAUUACUAAAGUACAUUUUACAAAAUAAUUUACAUGGAACCUGUGACUUUAUGAUGCUUCUUUGCAGAAUGUGAUACUAUAAACAAUAAAUGUCUUUUCGAAGCAUCUCCAAAAUGACAAGACUUUGUAUCGUACCAUUUUACAGUUGAACCAUCUUGCCUUGCCUUACCCAUUCCAAACCCUUAUAUAUAUUGUAAUCCAUUUAUUUACUCAUUAGUUAACCCUGAAAUCUAGCGUGAACCCAGCAAAUGUAGAGCAACCCCCUGAAUUUGCAUCUUAAAUGAAAUAGGUCCUAUAAAAGGUCCUUUUAUAGUGUACCUGUGCAACUGUUGUGG